GGUCCGGUGUGUCUGUCCGGGUGUUGUUCACGCUGCGAGCAUCAUCAUGGAGGACAAGGCCCAGAUCCAAGAAGCCAUUAAGAGCCAGGGGGAAGUGGUCCGGAGGCUGAAGGCGGAGAAGGCGAGCAAGGAGCAGUGCUAGGGUUGCUUACCACUUUUCUCCUGUUCUUCCCACCUGGCCGUGGAUCUCCACUCCCCGGACUCGAACCCGUGACCCUGCCGGGCCGCUCCUCUGGACUCUCCUCAUUGUGGACUUACUUUUGGGACUCUGGGACUGUUUUUUUUUUUUGUCUUGUUUUGCUGGGAUCGAACAUGCUGUCCAUGUUGUGUGUGCGUGUUUGCCCGGGUGUGACGGGCCUCCGUGCUGCCUCGCUUGUGCGACGGCUGCACCGCUUCUCCGGGAUGUCUGCGGACCAGAUCGAUGAGGAAGUGGCCAAACUGCUGCAGCUGAAGGCUCAGCUGGGAGGAGACGAGGGGAAGCACCAGUUCGUCCUCAAAACAGCCAAGGGAACCAGAGACUACAACCCCAAGCAGAUGGCCAUCAGGGAGAAGGUCUUCAGCACCAUCGUCAGCUGCUUCAAACGCCACGGCGCCGAGACCAUCGACACGCCUGUGUUUGAGCUGAAGGAAACGCUGACGGGGAAGUACGGAGAAGACUCCAAACUGAUCUACGACCUGAAGGACCAGGGAGGAGAGCUGCUGUCUCUCAGAUACGACCUGACUGUGCCUUUUGCUCGUUACCUGGCCAUGAACAAGAUCACCAACAUCAAACGUUACCACAUCGCCAAGGUCUACCGGAGGGACAACCCGGCCAUGACCCGGGGACGCUACCGCGAGUUCUACCAGUGUGACUUUGACAUCGCAGGACAAUACGACGCCAUGAUCCCUGACGCAGAGUGUCUUAAGAUCGUCUACGAGAUCCUGAGCGAGCUGGACCUGGGAGACUUCAGGAUCAAGGUCAAUGACAGGCGCAUCCUGGACGGCAUGUUUGCCGUGUGCGGCGUCCCAGAUGAGAAGUUUCGCACCAUCUGCUCCACGGUGGACAAACUGGACAAGAUGCCCUGGGAGGAGGUGAGGAGGGAGAUGGUGGAGGAGAAGGGGCUGUCGGAGCAGGCCGCAGACCAGAUCGGGGAGUACGUCAGCAUGCAGGGAGGGAUGGACCUGGCCGAGCGCCUCCUGCAGGACCAGAAGCUGUCUCAGAGUAAGCUGGCCUGUGCUGGACUGGCAGACAUCAAGCAGCUCUUCAGCUACCUGCAGCUCUUCCAGGUCACAGACAAGGUGGUGUUCGACCUGAGCCUGGCUCGGGGGCUGGACUACUACACGGGGAUCAUCUACGAGGCGGUGCUGACCCAGGCCGGCGUGGCCGCCGCGUGCGGCGAGGCGCAGAACGGGGCGGGCGGCGAGGAGAGCGUGAGCGUGGGCAGCGUGGCCGGAGGCGGCCGCUACGACGGCCUGGUGGGCAUGUUCGACCCCAAGGGCAGGAAGGUGCCCUGCGUGGGCGUCAGCAUCGGCAUCGAGAGGAUCUUCUCCAUCAUGGAGCAGAAGGCUGAGGCCUCGGCGGAGAAGAUCCGGACCACCCAGGUCCAGGUCAUGGUGGCGUCGGCCCAGAAGAACCUGCUGGAGGAGAGACUGAAGCUCAUCACCGAGCUGUGGAGCGCCGGCAUCAAGGCGGAGGUGAUGUACAAGAAGAACCCCAAGCUGCUGAGUCAGCUGCAGCACUGCGAGGAGGCGGGGAUCCCCCUGGUGGCCAUCCUGGGGGAGCAGGAGCUGAAGGACGGGGUGGUCAAACUGCGGGUGGUGGCCAGCAGAGAGGAGGUGGACGUGUCCAGAGCAGAGCUGAUCAGUGAGAUCAAGAGGAGGACUGCAGAGGUGUAGACAUCCGUCCAGCUGCUGCUCCAAGCCCCGCCCCCACCCCAAGCCCCGCCCACAAACAACGCCUGGUCAGAUCAAGUCAAGAGAAACUUUAACAGAAACUUCACACACACACACACACACACACACACAGUCCACAGUCCACUGAUGAACAUGAUCCAGCGUGAGCUGUGGUCCAGGGUCAUUUUUAUUUCCCCCGAUUGGUCUGCUCUUCAUCAGAGACGAUGAUGAUGAUGAUGAAGUCCAGGGAAACGUCUGCAGCUUUACUUCAACUGUCCUUCGUUCUGCCUGCUGCUCCAUCAAUAAACUGCUCUUUAAAGGA